UAAUACAUACUUAACUGUAACAAUAACAUAACAAUAAUCAUAAACAAAAUGGCUAGACAAAGAAGAUCCGCUCCAGCUCCAAGAACUCAAACCAGAUCAGCUCAUACUGCUGCUGCUCCAGCUCAUUCUGCUCCACAAAGUAGAUAUCCAUCUGCUCAUCCAACAUCUGCUUCUAAUCCAGCUACUCAACAACAAACUCAAACUAGACAACCAGGUAUGUUUGCUCAAAUGGCUUCUACUGCUGCUGGUGUUGCUGUUGGUUCUGCUGUUGGUCAUACUAUUGGUGCUGGUAUUACUGGAUUAUUUGGUGGUUCAAGUUCUCAACAAGUUGAUGCUCCUCAACAACAAGAUGUCGCUCCAAUUCAACAAUCUAGUCAAUAUCAACAACAAGCCAGUCAUUGUGAUGCCGAUGCUAGAAACUUCACUAGAUGUUUGGAAGACAACAGUGGUAAUAUGCAAAUCUGUGAUUACUAUUUACAACAAUUAAAGGCCUGUCAAGAAGCUUCUCGUCAAUAUUAGAGUAGUCUCUCAUAAAACUAAUGCUUUAAAGAAAUUAAAGAAUUUAGAACAUCCCCGUGUAAAUAUAUAUAUAAAAUAGACAGUGUCAACUCUGUGAUUUUUUUUAACUAAGAGAUUGAAAUGAAAAGUUUUUUAGGAUUAUUUAAUACAACUUAUUUAUUGAAAAGUAACUUUCAAGUGCUUUAUCUUUUUAUUGAAUGUAGAUGUAGAUGUAGAUGUAGAUAAAUAUGAUCGUAAUAGAUAAGAAUAACAAAAAAAUAAUAGGAAUUAUAAGUGUAACAAUAUGAAUGUUGGUUUA